CCUUCUCAUGUUUAUGUUUGUUGUUUUCGUCUAUCUUGUAAUUUCCUUUAUAGGUUAGUAAACCUCUAUUAGAGACAUCCCGAAAUGGAUAUCUUGCAGCGAUUUCAGCAUCAAGUUAUUCCUAUUUGUCAUUGCUCAAGCAUUUUGUUCCAAUAAUGAAUCCAGGUGGUGCAUCAAUUUCUCUCACAUACAUUGCUGCCGAAAGGAUCAUUCCUGGAUAUGGUGGGGGCAUGAGUUCAGCUAAAGCUGCUCUAGAGAGUGAUACCAAGGUGCUUGCAUUUGAAGCAGGAAGGCGCCACAAGAUUCGAGUUAAUACAAUAUCUGCUGGUCCAUUGAAAAGCCAUGCAGCCAAGGCCAUUGGAUUCAUCGACAUGAUGAUUGACUACUCAUCAGCCAAUGCAGGAUUAUAUCAUGUGAGAUGAUAGGAGUUGGCCAUGAAUACAUGGAAGAGUUCUUCGGUUGUUGCGAAUCCGUUUUGGCUAAAGAUGGUUUGUUUGUCCUACAGGUUACAUAUUGUCUAUUAUAAUUUUUCUUAAUUAUGGUUUGAUUUGAAUUAUCUGAAAAGAAAGGUGUACUUGUAGUAGUCCAUUCAAAUGGCCCCACUUGGCCAUUUCCUCUUUAUUGAAUUGAGUUGUUACCAAUUUUGUGAAUGGGAUUCUUAUUAAACAAUCAUGUAAAUUAUUUUUUGAAUGACUAUCAGGUGUAAGAUUCAAAAAAAUAAAUAAA